GGGAGGAGGGUCACGAGGCUGGGGCCCGAGAAAGGAGGGUGGCUGGAGCCCGUCGGGCUUGAAGCAGAGGGUGACCCUGCGCCGACAUGCCCUGUCCCUCAGCUGCUGUCAGGACCUGACGCCUCCUUGUAGGUCCCCUGCAGGUCCCCGCUGUUCCCGCCCGCGCCCCCUCAGCUUGACUGGGGCGGCAGAGAUGGCAAGUCCCGAGGUGGUUGUAAGCAGCUGCAGCUCUCACCAGGAUGAAAGUCACUGCACUUUUCACCAGAGCUCAUCUCCGUCUGAGCAGCUUCUCCUAGAAGACCAGAUGAGGCGGAAACUCAAAUUCUUUUUUAUGAAUCCUUGUGAGAAGUUCUGGGCCCGGGGUAGGAAGCCGUGGAAACUUGCCAUACAAAUUCUGAAAAUUGCAAUGGUGACCAUCCAGCUGGUCCUUUUUGGACUAAGUAACCAGAUGGUAGUAGCUUUCAAGGAAGAGAACACUAUAGCCUUCAAACACCUCUUCCUAAAAGGAUACAUGGAUCGAAUGGAUGACACAUACGCAGUGUACACCCAAAAUGAUGUGUAUGACCAGAUCGUCUUUGCAGUGAACCAGUACUUGCAGCUUCGAAACAUCUCUGUUGGCAACCACGCUUAUGAGAACAAGGGGACUAAGCAGUCGGCCAUGGCAAUCUGUCAGCAUUUCUACAGGCAAGGAACCAUCUGCCCCGGCAAUGAUACCUUUGACAUAGACCCGGAGAUUGAAACAGAGUGUUUUCUUAUAGAGCCAGAUGAACCUUUUCACACUGGAACACCUGGAGAAAAUAAACUCAAUCUGACCCUGGACUUCCACAGACUGCUGAUGGUGGAGCUUCAGUUUAAGCUGAAAGCCAUUAACCUGCAGACCAUUCGCCACCAGGAGCUUCCUGACUGUUACGACUUUACUCUGACUAUAACAUUUGACAACAAGGCUCAUAGUGGAAGAAUCAAAAUAAAUUUAGACAAUGACAUUUCUAUCAGAGAAUGCAAAGAUUGGCACAUAUCUGGAUCAAUUCAGAAGAACACCCACUACAUGAUGAUCUUUGACGCCUUUGUCAUCCUGACCUGCUUGUCCUCACUGGUGCUCUGUGCCAGGUCUGUGAUUAGGGGCCUCCAGCUUCAGCAGGAGUUUGUCAACUUUUUCCUUCUCCACUACAAGAAGGAAGUUUCGGCCUCUGAUCAGAUGGAGUUCAUCAACGGCUGGUACAUCAUGAUUAUCAUUAGUGACAUACUGACGAUUGUUGGAUCAAUUCUGAAAAUGGAAAUCCAAGCCAAGAGUCUCACAAGCUAUGAUGUCUGUAGCAUAUUUCUUGGCACUUCGACCAUGCUGGUGUGGCUUGGCGUCAUCCGAUACCUGGGCUUCUUUGCGAAGUACAAUCUCCUUAUUCUGACCCUCCAGGCAGCGCUGCCCAAUGUCAUCAGGUUCUGUUGCUGCGCUGCUAUGAUAUACCUUGGCUAUUGCUUCUGUGGCUGGAUCGUGCUGGGUCCUUACCAUGAUAAGUUCCGUUCCCUGAACAGGGUCUCUGAGUGCCUUUUCUCUCUGAUAAACGGAGAUGAUAUGUUUUCCACAUUUGCAAAAAUGCAGCAGAAAAGUUACCUGGUUUGGCUGUUCAGUCGAAUCUAUCUCUACUCAUUCAUCAGCCUCUUUAUAUACAUGAUUCUGAGCCUUUUCAUCGCGCUGAUCACGGACACAUACGAAACGAUUAAGCACUACCAGCAAGAUGGUUUCCCAGAGACGGAACUUCGAAAGUUCAUAGCGGAAUGCAAAGACCUUCCCAAUUCUGGAAAAUACAGAUUAGAAGAUGACCCUCCAGGUUCUGUAUUCUGCUGCUGCAAAAAGUAACUGUUGGGUUUCUCUGUGCUUUGGAGGAAAACAUAACAUGUGGCUGAGGCAGAGAUGGUAUAGAUAACUUGUGAUCAGGCAAAAGUAUGUUCAGAUACUAGUAUUCUGAACGAACACAUAACUAUGACAUAGAAAGACCUGUUUAUAUAUUUUAAAAUAUUUAGUGUCUUUUCUGCUCACAGGAGCACUUUUAAAAUGACUGGUUUGAUGAGGGAAGCUACUGGAUCACUGUUCUGUCUUAGUGGCUGUGGAUCUCAAGUGUGUUCUCUAUACCCCCUUUACCACAGAGUACGGCUUGUGCCUGCACUGGAAAAUAUCGGUGACUUUGGAUGACCCAGUGCUCCUCUCUGAUAGUUGGAAAAACCAUUACACAUUUGACAUUGCUACAUCUUAGAUUCUCCCCCUAAAAGAAAACAGAGCAAGAGAGAGAACCCCAUCACAGCCAGUGCUGGGGUGCUGGGCUCUGAAGGACAGUCGUUAUUUGAUUCUCACAAUCCUUUAGAAGCUUUCUCUGCCCUUCAGUGUUAAGGCACAAGGCUGACAGAGAGUCUGUACAUGAAUGAGAGUGGACGCGCGCCAACCGUGUAUUUCAUCAAACAGUGGUGGUUUUAUGAGCAGCGGGGCAGGGGGGAAACUAGAGCCGCACCUUGCCCUCUACAGCUCCUCGCAGUCUCAGCCAAGCCAUGUGGGGUCAGGCAGGACCUGCGAUUCCGGAGAUUUAUGCUCUAGAACCCAUGCUCAAGAUUUUAAAAUGAGUGUGUGUAGUUUGAAAAGGCACAGAAUUAAGCUUUACACUUUGUGGUCCACUAAUGGAGAAUUAUGGGGAUUUUUAUGGUAUAACAUUGAUUUUGUGUGCAAUAUAUUUAUUAAUGUGAACAUUAAUUCAGUUGUGUAUAAUAAUGACUUUAUAAAAGCACCUUAAAAAAGAAUAAAAAUUUUA